AUGAUGGAUGAGCUGGUGCAGGACCUGGUGUCUGCUCUGGAGCAGACCUCAGAGCAAAGUAAGCUGGGGGAACUGUGGGAGGAGAUGGUCCUAAAUCCUCUGCAGCAGCGCCGGCAGAUCCGUCGCCGCAGAGGCCGCAAGCGCUGUCGCGAAUCCUCCAUCUAUCCGCUGGAGCACAGACGAUGCUGGAUUGAGGCCUCAGAGUCUAGCUUGGACGAGACUAAAGGGUACAGGGAGAACACUUCCUCAGCCGUCGCCGCCUCCGUGGCAAACUGCAGUGACUCUGACGACAUGACCUCAACCAACCGAUGGCGCUCCGUCAUGAGAGGCCCGGUCAGGACUAGGCACCCCUCCUGGCCAGAGUCUGACUCCUUCACUGAGAAUAAUCCGGGACGGCCACUGAGGAGGCGGAGGAAGGUCAAACGCAUGACCCCAGGCGUCACGGUUAGGUUGCAGCGGAAGUUAAAGGUUUCUGGUGUAGAUGGGAAACAGAGACACAGGCCGUCUAGGAUGCAGCAUCUGUCCGGAUCGAAGAAGAGGUCUGGCGGCUGGGUGGGAGCAGACCGACAAACUGAAGGAGCCAGGCUGAUGGGAAAGGAGUGCUGGAAGAGAAAGAUGGCCAAGGAACACAGAGAUGCUGCAGAUGAGAACAUGUCUGAGGGGGAAACCAGCAGUACGUGCAGCAGUGACCCUGGUCUGUUCACCAAUGAUGAGGGGAGACAAGGCGAUGACGAGCAGAGUGACUGGUUCUUUGAGGGGGACUGUGGAGUCGGGACGGGCGUGGCCGGCCUGCUGCCCAGCUGGGACUCAGACAACCAGCUUUCCCUCGAGGAUAACCGUCCCUCGCCCACCUUCCUGCAGCCUGCACGGCCCUCUCAGAGAGGGUGUCGGUAUCAUUCACGUCUGAAACGAGUGCCUGGUUCUGCUGCCUGCUGCAUCAGAAAGGACAGGAGGCAGCUUCCAAACAAGGGAAACAGCAUGCCAGUGUUUGUAGAGAGACUGAGACACUUCUCCCAAGAUCCUUACCAGAGAGACUUCUGGCUGCCUUCUGUUGGAAAACGAGACCGAAGCCAGUUGAACCCUUUGUGCCCAUUACCAGUGUGUCCUAUUGACAUGGUGUCAGAGAGCUCCCAUCUCAGAUGUUCCUCCUCAAUCUGCAGAAACAGGCAGACUAACGUCACUCUGGCUAUGUUAUGCAUAGGAGACUCUGGGAGGAGGAGGGAAACAGAGGCUGUAUCCACAACAUCAGCUAGCAACCCAUUUCACAAGGAUCACCAGAGAGAAAAGGCACAGGGAGACAGUACCACCUCAGUCUUAGAGGCACCACGUUCACAGUCCUCUACUUCUGCUCAGCCUCAGAGUUCAUCCUUCCUCAAGGGAGGACCAUGAGGACACCUGAACGGGGCUGGACAACCACACAUAAGUCUUGAAGAGCGUGCCAAAAGAAAAGCUAUUGUGCCAGAGAGUGAAAAGGCUAAAACUCCUCUUGCUGAACAAACUGGAAGACAAAGAAAAAAUACAAAGCACAUCAUUACUCCUCAAAUCAGCAUGUUACUGCUACAUCCACUCUUUCCAGGUAGUAUAUUAAGCAUGACAAAUGUUAAUGCAAUCAAGCCUUGUUAAGCCUUCUGCCAUCUCCUCAAGGAAGAAAGCAGCUUCAAGAGGCUCCUCGUUUGACUCAAGACUCGACGGCUCCUCCUGUUUCCACACACAGUCUCCAGGCCACCUGCUAACACACAAUCCAGUAAUUAUGUCCACUCUAGUAGCGCAGCGUUUGUCAGCGGGAACACUGGGAGGAUGGUCAGGUGAGGCUGGGCGGCAGGGGCGGGGAGUCAGCUCUACUUUACAGCAGCCAACAAUGGCUGUGCAGCAGCACGUACAGUAGCUAUCGCCAACACAGGAGAGCAUCAGAAUGUUUAGCUACCACAUGCUGCUACAGGGUUCAGAGAGGCGACCACCGGUAGAGAGCCCCACAAAGUACAGGCCUCCUAUUAGCAUGGAUUUGAAAAGCUACAGUUUGUACAAAGGUGCUCAUUAGCACAACACAGGGGGAGUGUAGUCGCGGUCCUAGGAGGGCCGCCUCUGUUCUCUUCAGCUUACCUUCCAUAUUCAAAUGUCCCCAAAUGUAUUUAAGGCCAGCUGCAAAUCUGUUUGAACAGCUUGUUUUUCAGUAGUGGUGGAUUAGUUGCUUUUGCGGCCGUGCGGAGAGUAUAUGAGAGCCAGCAGAAAGGAGUCGGAAGAGCUGUUGCAGACAGGAGAGGAAAGUCGUACCGUUUUUUUUCACCUACCCUUGGGGUAUACAUUAUCCUGGCUCCCUGUGCAUCUGAUGCAUUAAAAGAUCAAUGGCAGCAUACAUUGUGAUCAAACACAACAGUUCUCGCCAAGCUGGUAAACAAGCAGUAUAUUCAGAAAAAUGCAUUUUUAUAUAAGAGUCAAGUGAAGUACAUUCGGCUUGACUUAAACCAUAUAGGUUUGCAGUGUUUAACAACACAAAUACGUGCACCUGUACUCAAUCAAAUAAUCUCUGCUGAAAAGUUUCCUUUUCAAGACGAAGUGAAUUAGUUAGUUAGCUGUGUGCAAAAGUUUCAUGUCUGCGAAAGAAGAAAAAUAUAUCUGAAAUCUUCCCAGCACUAAAAGGCACAGAUGUGCACUUUCUAUAAUGAUUAUAAGAUACCUUUUUAGUGAAAUGAACUGAAUAUUAUCAGCUACAUUCUACAUGUCUUCCCAGACACUUAAAAGCCUUAUUUAAGAGAAGAAUCGCAUUUAGUAGAAUGAGAUUUGCCAAUUAACGUGAGUUAUACGUCUGCAAUAAUCCGUCUGAGAAGGCUUUAUGUGAUCAUGUUGGCCAGGGAUGACAUUUAUAAAUGCUGUGUGUGCACACUCGUCUAAAUGGAUGCCUCACACAAGACAUCCUGCCACAGGAAUCAGUCAAAGUGUUGAGACAGAGAGCACCCCACCCCCCAGGCUACGUCCAUUGACCAGCAGCACCGUGGGCUCUACACACCUGAUUGAUAGGAAUGGCACAAUAGUUGAGCUUUGUAAUUAGAAAAAAAGAAGCUUUUGAUAAAUACAUCGGUGGCUUCUUCAAGACAUAUGCCCCUGAACACGCUGACAAGUAUUGACUGUGUAGUGUUUUAAGGAGAGCUUCUCGCCGUCGCCUUAUCCGUCAGUCUGUGUUUUGGUGCCAAGGCAUUGACAGGGAAGGAAGACGCAUCAGUUCAGAUACAGUUUCAUUAGUAGCAGGAGGGGAAACACCUCACCUGCCUCUGGUAAUUAGCAGUCACCAUAAUGACAACUCAGCCAGACAGUAUGCCCCAAAAUGAUUUUCCAAUGGCCAGGAAGUGGAGGAAUGGCUUCCGUGCAGCCAGUCAAUUGCCCUGUUACAGUUAAGGAAUCCAGCAGGCUGGUACCGCUCAUAUUUCAUCCCAGGUAAAGAUUACCUGUCAGGCCCAUGGGAGAUGUAUUGAUCUGUUUUCCUUUUUCCGCCAGCAAUCACCUGACAAAGGCACCUAGGAGGUGAGUGAAUGAGUGAUGCCUGGUCUGUCUGCUUUAGCGUAGUGGCUUCUAGUGUCCACUGAUGGGUGGAGAGGUGAUGAGGAAGAGGGGAGAUAAUGCAGUCAUAAACUCUGUUUGAACCUCCUCUGUAUGCAUGCAGGGCAACCCUAUUGGUCCCCGGGUCACAGGUCACUGGGGAAUUUUGCUUCUGCUUUUUUUUGGCACCUUUCUUCUCAGAGGCGUUUAUUCUUGCUGUGUAGUGUGUAGGGAUGAUAGAAACACAUGCAAAAGAGGCUCUCUGGUUCCUGCUGACAAAUGCAUGUUGCGAGUCACUAUAGUUCAACUCACUUUGGGUUUCAAAAGUGAUCCAGUUUGAUCUUGGCACCCUUCUCUCAAUGAAAUCCAACCUUGUGUGGUCAGGGUUUCCUGUGGACUGUCAAAUCUCGGUGAUGCUGCACUAGCAUCAAUGAUCAAUAUAUUUUACAUUAUCUCAUGUUUUUGUGGCAGCUAAAAGUAUUUAUAUAUUUGCCUUGUUCAAUGGAAUGUCAGAGUUGAUAUUAUCCACGAAGCCAUGCAUUUAAAGUGAUUGCACUGUAUAAAAUGUGUAGUAUUUAUGAUGUGAUGCAUAAUUAUAGGUCUAUUAAUUGAGGAUUUAGGUCUGAGGACAUAAUAUUCAUAAAUUCAGUUUCAUCAUAGAUAGUAGAGUAGAUAUGUGUCUCUAAUUUUAUACGUUGUGUUUUUUAAUUUCAUUUACAAGGAUUUAAAUAUAUCUCCCUGCUAUCAGGGCUCUUAGGCAGCUAUCCACAUUUGAUACGUAGUACAAAUAGCAUCUUAUCUCAUAGGCUGUUAUCUUUAUAUUUAAUAGCAGUGGAGGCAUGCCUAAUUGCUUUGCAAAUGAUCUAAAGAGGAUUACUCCUCCCUUAGAAAGCCUGCACGGUGUCACUAGAUGUUAGAGAGACAUUACAAUGGUGAAAUUAAAUCAAACCUGCAGUGCAGCGUUUAUGCAGUAGCUUGUUUUCUAUGAUCACCUGGUGUUAUGUCAAAAUAACUGCUUUUGAAUAAACUCUGUAUGAACAUCAUUAUGGACUAUUAUGGAUAAAAAGUUCUAGUUAUAUUUAGGUAAUUUGUGUAUUUUCAUGAUAUAAUGAUAAGAAUGGAUUUUUUUUUUUAAAGACGAUGUAAUGUUUUGCCUUAGUGUCAUUGGUGUUAUAAUCAUUCCUCUGUGUCAUGAGUAUUUAUAAAAAACAACCUGCAGUAUCUAUUUAUUUCAAAUGCUAAAUGUGUGUGCAAUAAAUGAGUAAUAUUGAUUGUGUGAAACACUGA